CGCGGCAGCUCGAAGUCUUCCGGGCCGGGCACUUUAGUUAAAAAGUGGUCUCCAUUAAGAAGUCAAACUAACAACAACUACCACCACAACUACAACAACAACUAAACAACCAACAAGGACGACAACAACAGCAACAAGAGCAGCAGCAGCCGCCACGAUCACGGAUGCAGCCGUGCGAAGAAGCGACCGCAGAGCGAGUGAAUGUUUGAGUUCACGAAUGAUUUGGGGGGUGUGCUGAAAGUCUGCGUGUGUGGGCGAGCGAGUCAGUUCUGGUAUUCCACCAUGUGGCUGGGUGAGUGAAUGAGCAAGUGAGUGGGUGAGUAAGUGAACGAGCGAGCGAGUGAGUGCGUGCGUGAGUCAGUGGGUGAGUGAGCGAGCGAGUGAGUGAGUGGGCGAGUAAGUGAAUGAGCGAGGGAGCGAGUGAGUGAGUGCGUGAAUCAGUGGGCAAGUAAGUGAACGAGCGAGCGAGUGAGUGAGUGCGUGAGUCAGUGGGUGAGUCAGUGGGCGAGUGAGCGAGUCAGUGGCUGAGCGAGCGAGUGAGUGAGUGCGUGAGUCAGUGGGCGAGUAAGUGAGCGAGCGAGUGAGUAAGUGAGCGAGCGAGCGAGUGAGCGGUCAUCGCAAUGAGUGAGGCUGCUUUGCGGGGCCCGGACGAGUGAUUCGCCGAGGGUGGAGGGGUGGGGGCGGGAAUGAUUCACGGAGCCCGCGGAACCGGGGGAAGGAUUCACAGAGCGAAAGGAUCCGGUGGACAACCGAACGACGCCCCGAGUUGAAGGACGAAACGAAGGAAAAAGCCAACGGAAAGUUCCCGCGAACUGACGUCCAACGGAAGGAGGGAGGGAGCGAACGAAGGAGCCAGGGAAGGAGGGGAGGGACCAAACGGAAUUCACUUGAGGAAUGAAAGGCGCGAGGAGCGAAUGAAAAGGGGCGGACGGACAAGAAGAAGGAACGGACGGAGCAAAGGGGAUUGUUCCGAUGAACUGACGACUCAUUCCAAUUGGCGCUGAGUCAUUCCUGAUGAGCGCUGAUUCAUUCCAAUUAGCGCUGAUUCAUUCCUGAUGAGCGCUGAUUCAUUCCAAUUAGCGCUGAUUCAUUCCUGAUUAGUGCUGAUUUAUUCCAAUUAGCGCCAAUUCAUUCCAAUUAGCGCCGAUUCAUUCCUGAUUAGUGCUGAGUCAUUACAACUAGUACUGCAUCAUUCCUCUGAGUGUUUCGUCAUUCCUGAUCCAUGCAUCUGAGUGGUCGACGGCUGCUGCUGCUCUCAUAGCUUUACCAGUUGCACAUCUCGUGGGUUUCACCGACUGCUGGUUAGUGUCACUUUUACCGGCUGCUGCUGCUGCUAGUUAGGAGAACGUUGGCGACUCGGUACUGAGCUUGUGUGCGGCUGGCGCUGGGUAGUGCACAGACUCGCACCGUCAGCUGGUGGGUCUCGUCGCGCCGGCGGUGGCGACUGCCCAGUGAGCGGAGCUCGUUAGCGGCUCCCUCGUGCGGCCUGCAAGCGUCACAGGUUGGGCGGUGCGCUGCCGAUUAAUGCGCUGUUAGUAACUCGGCAGUGCAGUGCCGGUUAUGCGAGUUGACCGCGCGUGUUGCAAUCCGUUGUUUUCUACUCCUUGCCGUAUCGUUUGUUUCGCUAGUUAGACUCAAUAUCACUGGCACUUAUCACGAGUUACACGAGUUAGUGUCAAUAUCACUGGCUCAUAUCGCUUUUUACUUUUAAUAUCACUGUUACGUAUCGCUAGUUACUCUCUAUAGUAGAAGUAGUGGGUGAGUGGUGGGUGAGUAGUGGUGAGUAGUGGUGAGUAGUAGUGGGUGAGUGGUGGGUGAGUGGUGGGUGAGUGGUAGUGAGGAGGAGGAGCGAUGGAGGGAGGGGCGCUGGAGAGCCGGGAGAUGAAGCUGCGAGUGUCGCGUCUCGCACGCCGCAUGAACGAGCUGGAGGAGGCGCUGGCCCAGCUGAGAGUCACGGGGACCGAGAUCGAGACGCUGUGGGGGCAGCUGUCUCAGGAUGGAGCCGCCCCCCUGUCCCCCACGUCCCCGCCGCCGUCCCCGCUGUCCCCCGUGCCGUCUCCGCUCUCCCCCAUGUCUCCGCGGUCCCCCGCCUCGCUCCUGCGCGAGGUGGAGGCCCUGAGACGUCGGGCGCAGGAGGCGCUGGGCAGGGACGGGGACACGGGGAGGAUGCAGAGAGAAUGUGCGGAGAUGUCCCAGCGGAUCUCCGCAGAGACCGAGACCACCACGAUUCUGCAGGGGCAGAUCGAUUCUCUCAAAGAGAAGUUGAAAGAGCGAGCGAAGCCUGCAGACAGCAACGGAGCCAAAGAUGAUGAAAAUGAGCUGCUGGAGGAGCUGGGUUUGUUACGCGAGCGGGUGCGCUCCGUGGAAAGUCGCGGGGCCGAGCACGACGAGAUGGAGGCGGAGCUGCGUGACAACCUGGAGCGGCUGCGUGCCGCUGGCCGGGAGGUGCGGGCCCGCGUACGCGAGGCCGUGCGCGACCGGGACGAGGCCAAGUCGGCACUCGGGCGGGCGGAGAAGACGCGGGAGGAGAUGAGGGAGCGCGUGAGAUGCGUGGAGAGACUGCUGGAGGAGAGCGUGCGCCUGCGUGAGGAGCACGAGGAGGCUCAGCAGGAGCUCGCCCGCCUGCGCGAGCGCCUCCUCGACACGGACGAGCGCCGGCUGGAGGCCGAGUCCAAGCUGCGCGCCCUCCAGGAGGAGCGCGGCAGCAGCGAGGAGCGCCUGCGCAGCUCCGACAAGGAGCGCCGCGAGCUGGAGCAGAAGCUCGCGCUCGCCGACAGGGAGCGCCGCGAGCUCGGGGAGAAACUCCGGGAUGCCGGCAAGGAUUCACGCAAGGCCCAGAAUGCCCAGGAGCUGGAAGAGAAGCUGCGGAGUUCCGAGAAGAAAUGCCGGGAGGCGGAAGAGACGUUUGGGAUUUCUGAGAAGAAAUGCCGGGAGGCGGAGGAGAAAUUAGUGAGUUCCGAGAAGAAGUUACGGGAGGCGGAGGAGAAAUUAGGGAGUUCCGAGAAGAAAUGCCGGGAGCUGGAGGAGAAACUCCGCGAUGCCGGCAAGGAUUCCCGCAAGCCGCAGGAGCUGGAGGAGAAGCUGCGGAAUUCCGAGAAGAAAUCCCGGGAGGUGGAAGAGACGUUUGUGAGUUCUCAGAAGAAGUCCCGGGAGCUGGAGGAGAAAUUAGGGAGUGCCGAGAAGAAGUUACGGGAGCUGGAGGAGAAGCUCGGCAAGUCUGAGAAGAAAUCCGUGGAUCUGGAAGGUAGACUUGAGAAUUCGCAGAAGGAGCUGGGAGAGUUGAAAGGCGUCCAAGAGUUGAGGGUGAAGCCUCGAUCCCCCCGGGAGGAGGAGGAGAGGGCUCGGGAUUCCCAGAGGGAGCGCCAGGAGCUGGAAGAGAAGCUCCGCAAGUCCGAGACGCAGCGUCAGGAGUUGGAGGAAAAGCUUCGGAGUUCCGUGAAGGAAGCUCCGGGGCCGCAGCCGAAGGCGCGGAUUUCCCGGGAUGAGCGGCGGGAGUUGGAGGAGAAGCUUCGCGCCUCCGAGAAGGAGCGCGAGGCACUGGAAGAGAACCUUCGGAAUCACAAGCGGGAACGGCGGGAGUUUGAGCAGAAGCUUCGGAGUUCCGAAAACCAACUGGAGGAGUUGAAGACGAAGCCGCGAUUCCCGCGAGCGGAGCGCCAGGAGCUGGAGGAGAAGCUCCGGGAUUCCGAGAAGGAGCGCCAGUCCCUGGCGGACAAGCUCCUGAACGUUGAGAAGGAGGCCCAGGCGUUGAAGGCGAACCUCGGCCUUCGCGGGAGGAAGACAAGGGGCAGUCAGGAGCUCGAAGAGAAGCUCCGGAAAUCCGAGGAGCAGCGUCAGGAGUUGUCGGCAAAACUUGGGAGUUCUGAGAAGGAAAUCCAGGAGUAUCAAUCGAAGCCCCGGUUCUCCCGGGAGGAGCGCCGGGAGCUGGAGGAGAAGCUGGCGGAUUCCGAGACGCAGCGUCGGUCCCUGGAGGAGAAGCUCCAGAGCUCCGAGGCUGAUCGCCGGGGAUUGGAGGAGAGGCUUCGGAGUCUCCGGAAGGAGCUGGAGCAGUCCAAGGUGCCUCCGCAGGUGUCUGCGGAGACGGAGCAGAAGCUGGCGGCCUGGGAGAAGGAGCGCCGCGAGCUGGAGGGGAGGUUGGAGAACUCCGAGUGGGAACGCCGACGCCUGGAGGAGAAACUGGGACCACAUUCUCCGAGCGCAGCAGCGCGGGACCGUCUGGAGGCGAGUUUGGGCCCCGGCUCUCCACGCACCGGCCGCGAGCUGGAGCGCCUCCGCUUGGAGGUUACCGACCUGCGGCAGCAGCUGCAGCGCUCGGAAGCCCGGGCGCUCAAACUGGAGCAGCAGCUGCAGCAGCAGCAGCAGCGGCGUCGCGAGGGGGAAGCCGUCGGCCCCACGCCGGCCGGCCUCCCCAACUCCACCACCGACUCCCUCCCCCUCCCCCCCGCCGCCACGUCGGCGUCGGCGGCACGGCGCCGGGAGACGCUGCUGGCGCUGGAGCUGGAGGACGCCCGCAGCGUCCUCAAGCGCGAGCGGCAGCACGCGGAGCAGCUGCAGCGGGAGGUGGACCGCCUGCUGCUCGCCGCGCACCAGCGGGGGGGCCCGGGCGGCGGGGGGGGAGGGGCCGCGGGGGGGGCGGCCCGGGUCGGCGCCCGCGGCCUCCUCUCCCGGGACCCCCCGGAGCCGGCGAGGCCCCGCAGCUCCCUCGAGAGCAAGGCGGCCACGCUGCCCUCCGUGCCCACCGUGGGGGCGGCGGCGCUCGGCAGGCGGCGGCCGAGGAGCAGCAUCCUCCUCGAAGACGAAGAGGGCCCGGGGGAGGAGGCGGAGGCUGCGGCGACGGUGGCGGCGGGAGGACGAGGUGUGGGGGGAGGAGCGGGAGGACGGGACGCCGACACCGGGAGGCCGUCCGGAGCAGAGGCCCGGAGGGUUAGCGACGCCGGCAGGAGCGGCGGGACGUUCACGAGCAAGGCCAGCAUCCCCGUGGGAGGCCCGCCCACUCACACCUCCUCCGUGAACCUGCAGCUCGGCCUGGCGCCUGCUCGCAGGGGGCGCCCCGGGCCGGGCGGGGAGGAGGCGGCGGCCGAGCCGGGCGACGGAAGCGACGGAGGCGGCUCCCAGCGGCGCUUCCUGCGGGCUCAGUCCUUCCCGGAGCCGCGCGAGGACGGGGCCCCGAUGGACGGCCGCUCGGACUCGCGGCUCUCCUCGCUCUCCUCGCUCUCCUCGCCCGUCGAGGCGGCCGGCAAGGAGGGCCGGGAGACGGCCGGCGGCGAGGCGGAGCGGGCCGAGGCCGGUCGCCACGGCGGCGCCGCCGGAACGCGAGCGGCUCCCUGCUAUGGGAACGGCGGCACCGGCGCCGUCGCCGGGGAGAGCGGCGGGAGGAGCAACAGCAGCAGCGCGGACGACGACGGCGGUGGCGGCGGCGCAGCCAGGCGGGUCGCCGGCGGGGCCGGGGGUGGGGGCGCCGGUGGAGGUUCCGACGAGGGUCACGGUCGGGGCCCCGGCGCUAGAGACGGCGCCGGGGCCUUCAAGGAGAGCGGCAGGAGGAGCAACAGCAGCGUGGACGACGGCGGCGGCGGCGGCGCAGCCAGAGCGGCCACCGGUCGGGGCGCCGGUGGGGGUAGCGACGUGGGUACGAGCCGGGGUAGCGACGGGGGUUCCAAUAAGGGCACCGGUGCCACGGAAGGCGCCCGAGACGGCUCCGGCGCCUCCAGGAGGAGCCAGGCGGGCGAACGCUCCGUGGACCUCAACUCCCUCUACCUGGACGCGGUGCGCACAGCGACGAGGGCGGCGAGAGGAGGGGGGGGGAGGGAGCGCCCCUGGAAGGGGCCCGCCAGCAGGAGAGUCGGAGACGUUCCCUCGCGGCUCGGGAAGAGCUACGAGGAUUUGAGCGCCGUGGGAGGAGCGGGAGAGGGGACGAGACGCGGGGACGACUGGAGGAGGAUGGGGGAUACCGCCAGGUUCUUUGAGCGCCGUGGACACGACGACGGCGGCCCGCGAACCUUCAACGACAUCCGCCGCCUCUACGACUCGCAGCCGGCGUCCUCCACCGUCACCACCACCACCACCGCCGCCGGCGGAGCCACCACCACCACCACCACCAGCUACUCUCGCGCCCGCAGGGGGGCGGCCCUGACCGCAACCACCACGAUCGCAACCACCACCCUCCGCUCCAAAUCCAGCUCGGAUGAUGUCAACAACAUCAUCAACAACAACAACAUCACCAGCAGGAAGCCGCGGGUCUCUGUGCUGGAUAGAGACAAAUUCGGAUCAACGGAAUUCCUCUCUUCAACCAGGCGCCGGAAGAUGUUGGACUAGCGCGUGUCCAGUGCCGUCUGGAAACAUGUUAACCGGUUAUCCGGUGAACAUCUCAACCACGUCAGCGGUGAACACAUGGCCAACACGGUCGACAUUCCGGUGUUCCACGGAGACACCAAAGUGAUCUCUCUCCCGCUCUGCUGUCUCCCUCUCGCAUGGUGUGCGGGGAUGGUUAAUCAAAGUCUCUUCACCAUGCCAAGCUAGAACCAAACCAAGGUAGCGACGUCACUGGCUCCAGGAGUUUCUUCAACCAGUCUGGCUCGCGGCCAAGUAGGGCCAGGGGCGGGGCUUAAUGACGUCUGUCACAGCGUAUGAGUGUGUGUGCGUGCGUGUGGGUGUGUGUGUGUGUGCGUGCGCGUGUGUGUGUGUGUGCGCACGUGUGUGUGCGUGUGUGUAACGUGUGUGUGAGUGUGCGUGUGUGCGUGUGCGUGUGUGUGCGUGUGACGUGUGGCCUGGCACAAGCGUCGUGGUGACGUCACCGUCACUUAGUGGCGAAUGGCGGUUAUUGUUGUGACGUCAGUUGCCCACAUGCAUCUCCGCUCGCUCACCGCGUGCGUGUGUGAGUGUGUGUGUGUGCGUGUGUGUGCGUGUGCGCGUGUGCGUGCGUGCGUGUGUGACGUGUGUGCGUGUGUGCGUGUGUGUGCGUGUGUGCGUGCGUGUGUGACGUGUGUGCGUGUGACGUCAGUCGGUACGGGGCGUCACCCACGCGCUUUGCCGCUCGUUGCCCGCGUGCUAUGGUAUCGCCGUGUCUGUAAUUUAACCUGCUGGGCUUUUGAUUUAAUUUAAUUCGGGAUGUUUGUUUGUUUUUCGCGACGUUUCUGGUGUUUUGGUUGCAUCGUUUUUCCCGUGUUGGUGUUUUCGCGUUUAAUGUUCGCGGGGGGGUCAUCCAGCAAUGGAUUGACCGUGGCUGACGAUGCUGAUUUUUUUGUGUUAUUCCGUUGUUUUUUUUCUACUAUUGGGGGUCUUUGUCCGGUUUAUAUGUUUGUCCUUUCGUCGGAUUUCAUAAUCUUCAAGUGCGUGCGGUUUAAUUGUUUUAUCGCGGUUACUGACCACAACACAUCCCCACACACACACACCCUCCUCCCCAUGUCUGCACUCUCUCAUUAACACUAGAGGCUGUGAGAUUAUAACACUACAGACUAUGAGAUUAUAACACUACAGGCUGUGUGGGUAUAACACUACAGGCUGUGUAGUUAUAACACUACAGACUAUGAGAUUAUAACACUACAGACUGUGUGAGUAUAACACUACAGGCUGUGUGGGUAUAACACUACAGACUAUGUGAUUAUGACACUACAGACUGUGUGAGUAUAACACUACAGACUAUGAGAUUAUAACACUACAGACUGUGUGAUUAUGACACUACAGACUGUGAGAUUAUAACACUACAGACUGUGAGAUUAUGACACCACAGACUGUGUGAUUAUAACACUACAGACUGUGUGAUUAUAACACUACAGACUGUGAGAUUAUAACACUACAGACUGUGAGAUUAUAACACUACAGACUGUGAGAUUAUAACACUACAGACUGUGAGAUUAUAACACUACAGACUGUGAGAUUAUAACACUACAGACUGUGAGAUUAUAACACUACCGACUGUGAGAUUAUAACACUACAGGCUGUGAGAUUAUAACACUACAGACUGUGAGAUUAUAACACUACAGACUGUGAGAUUAUAACACUACAGACUGUGAGAUUAUAACACUACAGACUGUGAGAUUAUAACACUACAGACUGUGAGAUUAUAACACUACAGACUGUGAGAUUAUAACACUACAGACUGUGAGAUUAUAACACUACAGGCUGUGAGAUUAUAACACUACAGACUGUGAGAUUAUAACACUACAGACUGUGAGAUUAUAACACUACAGACUGUGAGAUUAUAACACUACAGACUGUGAGAUUAUAACACUACAGACUGUGAGAUUAUAACACUACAGACUGUGAGAUUAUAACACUACAGACUGUGAGAUUAUAACACUACAGACUGUGAGAUUAUAACACUACAGGCUGUGAGAUUAUAACACUACAGACUGUGAGAUUAUAACACUACAGACUGUGAGAUUAUAACACUACAGACUGUGUGAUUAUAACACUACAGACUGUGUGAGUAUAACACUACAGACUGUGAGAUUAUAACACUACAGACUGUGAGAUUAUAACACUACAGACCGUGUAGGGAUGGGGUCCCCGCUGUGGAUUUCACACGAAGCCAGGGUUAAGGGGCCGUCCAUAAAUGACGUCACGCACCUGGGGGGGGGGUCAGACAUUUGUGACGAUGUGUGACGAGGGGGGGGGGGGUUGGGAAAUGUGACGUCACAUCAAAAUGCGCAACUUUAAAUAAAUAUAGACAACACGUUCUACUUAAUGAAAUAGACUUUGUAAUAAAUGUUUUCUCCUACAACAUCAGAGUGCAGCGCCAUAUUAAAUACGCACUACAAUGACAAUAGUUUAAAGCGAUUUGAAGCAUUUUUUUAAAAUAUAUUUUUUG